CUAAUCUGAAUUUACACAGUAGUAAGUCCUGGCCAAGUCAUAGGUGGGGAAAAUGUCUGUACCAAGAUUCCAAAAAGUAAACUUUGGAACAUAUGACAAUUAUAUUCCAGUCAGUGAAUUAAGCAAAAAAUCAUGGAAUCAACAACACUUUUCCCUGGCAUUUCCCAAACCACAACGGCCAGGAAAAAAAAAGAGAACAAUACCUUCCCAACUAAGUAAAAGUAUAACUUCUGUAGUCGACGAAGAAAAGCUAAAACGUGAACGUAGACGACCGUUAUGGAUGUAUCGGUCCUUAAUGAAAAUUCCCGAAAGACCGUCUGUUUAUUUAGCUGCUAGGAGAAAGCCUUCACCUAAACGAGCUCCUCCCACAAAGGAUCAAUCAGAAUCAGAAUCAGAAGCACAGAAAGACAAGGGUUCAGAUAAAGAAGGUAAAAGUGUAAAGGCAGAGAUAAAGAAAGGUAAAAAAAGUGUCAAGGAAGGCAAAGAUUCAGCCACGGAAUCCGAAGGUGAAAAAGGCGGGUCGAAGAAAGGUAAAAAAGGUUCAAAGGAGGGCAAAGAUUCAGCUACGGAAUCCGAAGGUGAAAAAGGCGGGUCGAAGAAAGGUAAAAAAGGUUCAAAAGAGGGCAAAGAUUCAGGUACGGAAUCCGAAGGUGAAAAAGCCGGGCCGAAGAAAGGUUCUAAGAAAGGUAAAAAGGGUUCCAAGGAGGGCAAAGAUUCAGCCACAGAGUCCGAAGGUGAAAAAGCCGAUUUGAAGAAAGAUGCCAAAAAAAGUAAAAAAGGUUCAAAAGAGGGCAAAGAUUCAGGUACGGAAUCCGAAGGUGAAAAAGCCGGGCCGAAGAAAGGUUCUAAGAAAGGUAAAAAAGGUUCCAAGGAGGGCAAAGAUACAGCCAAAGAACCUGAAGGUGAAAAAGCCGAUUUGAAAAAAGAUGCCAAAAAAAGUAAAAAAGGUGCAAAAGAGGGCAAAGAUUCAGCUACGGAAUCCGAAGGUGAAAAAGCCGGGCCGAAGAAAGGUUCUAAGAAAGGUAAAAAAGGUUCCAAGGAGGGUAAAGAAGAAACUACGGAUUCAGAACCUGAAAAGGGAGCCAAGAAAGGUGAUGAAGCAAAAGGCUCCAAGAAAGACGCAAAAAAGGAGGGAAAGAAAGACAAGAAAGAUGAAAAGAAGCCGGGUGCUUCAGAAAGUGAAUCAAAGGAAGAUACCAAGAAGGACGCCAAGAAAGAGUCCAAGAAAGAUGCCAAGAAGGAUGCCAAGAAGGAUGCCCCAGAGGCUGCCAAGAAAGGCGGCAAGAAGGGCAAAUAAUUCUGCCCCACAGAAUCAGGGAAGAGCUUACGGAUGAAGGAAUGUUAACAGUCAGAAAUUGUAUCGAGAAUGAAAAAGAGGCUUCAAAAACUAGUCAUAUGCACUUUAAAAAGGAGUGAAAAACUAGUCAUAUGCACUUUAAAAGGUAGAACCACAACAUAUUAAAACAGUUUGGAAAAGAUUUUAAGAAAAGUUAAGGCAGAAUUCAUUGGAAGAGUUGGAAAAUACAUAUUUUAAAUUAGAAGAUAUGAUUUAUUAACAUCUGUAGAAAGACUUUAAAAAGAAGGUUCUAAUAAGGAUGUAGAAGAUAAAGACGUGAGAAGAAAAAUUUUUAAAAAUCUUCAGUGAAGACUUUAAAAAUUCAAGAAGACAUGUUAUACUUAUAGAUUUUAAACAAUUUCAAACUGCAUUCAUAAAUUUAAUACACUACUAUAAAAGUUAUAAACAGAAGUGCAGCCACUUUACUCUGAUGUAAAUACAAACCAAAAAGAUAACUUCAAAGAAAUAGAGAAAGGGAAGGAAGGAAAAAGGAAGAUCAAUCAAGAAAAGCAAGCCAAAAACCCAAGUAUACCGUUAUUUACCUGUACUUACUUGUGAGUCAAUAUCAUCAUUUCUGAAGUUGAACCGACCACAACCAUGCUUAUCACUGUUAACUGUUUCACUUCUAAGCCAAGAUGAACAUAAAUGGCUUCCCAAUACAAAUUAUCAAAACAAACUGAAGCUUCUCCUUACCACUAAGGGGAAUUGAAUCCUAUUCCUCUUACUCUUUCAGAGCCGAUUUCUAUGAAUAACAUCUUACAAUUAACAUGUGCUGAAGAGCCAUUUUGAUAUCCAUUCACCAAAGUCUACUGUUUUGCAAGUCUUCACCGUCUCAGGAAACGGUGCUCUAAUAUCCAGUAUAUGGCCUAAUCCAGAAUUGAGAAUUUGGUAAAAAAAAGAUGAUUCAGUGCAGCAAAGACAAAAGUUGGGAACAUGAGCAUCUGAAAAACAGCACACAGAAAAGGAAUCCUGUAAAGCUCACCUUGAAAGCACAGCCAAAACUUGGCAAUGCGGACUCUGCAUGACUUUAUUAUACAAGAUGGAUUGAUCUAUUUCUAAAGGAAUGGCAAAAUGGCUUUGCUCCUCUAAUUCUGACUUUAAAUACUUUCUCUGUACAAGUACCCAACAUAGACUGACUUGAAUCUCUUAAGUCAAAAUUUCGGAUUGAUAUCAUUUGGUGCCUCUGGAUAAAAAGAUCAAACUGGACUUUGUAUGUGUGAAAGCUAAGGAAUCAAUCUAAAGGAUCAAAUAGAAGACCUUAACACUGAAAACUACAGUACUCUGAAAAAGGAGAUCAAAGAAGAUAUGAAAAAAUGGAAAGGAAAAUGGACCAUGAAGAUGUCCUAGACAUUGUACUGCACUGAAGAAGAGCAACAUGCCAUUUACUUGAAAAUCUUCCUUUUAUGGGAGGUGGGUGUCAGGUUUAAUGGUGAACACAUGAAUCACCUGAGGAGACUCUAAUUAAAACAUCUACUCUCUG